AUGGCGUCGUCGGGGCCAGUCAAGCGCUCUUCAUCUUACCUUGAAGCGGCCGAUAUCAAGCGAGCAAAGCAUCACUACCAUCACCACCACCGCCUCGCCCAGCCCAUAACCCUGCCGCAGGCCUGCGAGCCCGCCGUCCAAGAUGAUAACAAUGUCGAGCACCUGAUGAAUCGGUCGAUAGGGCAACUUCUCAGGGAUGCUGGAUUUGAUCUGGCUGAUCCGGCUGCCCUGUCUAGCUUCCGCAGCGCCGCGGAAGAGUACCUUCUGCACAUAUCAAAGUUUGUUCGCCAGUCUAUGCUAUCUUCUCGCCGCCUUCAACCGAUCCCGCAAGACUUCGAGCACGCGUUAAAGCACCACCGUAUCUCCCCCGAUGAUCUCCGUCCCUAUCUCAAGUCGCCGCAAACAGUCGCGCCAAUUCCUACCCUCCUUCCAUCGCCACCGCCAGAGGAUGAGGUCACUCUAAAUUUGCCAUUUCUGAACGCACUUCGGGUACAGGAGAGCGAGACCAACCGGUCCUACGUUCCAAAGCACUUCCCCGACUUCCCAAGCAAACACACCUACUCCUCAACAGCGGUGUUCACCGAACGCGACAACGACCCGCGCAAAAUCCGUGAGCGUGCCGCAGAAGAUGGACGACACGGCGAAGAAGCACUUCGAAAGCUGGCCAGUGCCGCGUUCCGCGACAACCCGACCAGCUCGAGCGGGCGCGAUAAGCAGCUUUGGGGCAAGCGGAUGGAAAGUAUGGAAACAAUGUUCGAGAAGACGGUGAAGGGGCUGGCGAGGAAAUUACAGAAGGACCCGCUCGCCGCCCCGGGCAUGAACGCUACUCUGGGUUCGGCCAUGGAGAUCGAUUCGGGGCCCGUCAUGGAGGGAGACGCGAAGAUGCGGUCGAAGGGAUCGUGGAACCUGGAGAUGGGCCCCAUCGUCAACUGUGAGCGAGAUUUCUGGCGGCGUACAACGGCUACAGGCGGGCGCGGCGCCGAGGAAAAGACGCCGAGGCCUACCACGACUGCCGAACCCGUGGAUAGCUUUGUGGGCACAUGA